UCUUCAACAUGUUUCGUCGUCUACUCAAACCCAGCAACACUCGCCUCCUCCUCCGUCUUCUCUCUCUAAACCCUAACACCUCCUCUCUUCUUUCUUCUUCUUCUUCCUGUUCCGCCAUGAAAGACCCAGAAACCAACAACCCCAUAGCCCUCUCCACCCACCUCCUCACUUGUCUCUCCUCGGAAAUCCCGCUCGUCCAAACCUUCAAGGGCAAAUGGGCCUUAAUCCAGGCGAAGCUCACCGUCCUCCAGGCCCAGCUCACCGACUUCGCCGGCUUCCCCACCUCCACCUCCAACCCUCUCGCCCUCGACCUCCUCCUGUCCGUCUCCCACACCCUCCGCGACGCCGUUUCGCUAGCCCAGCGCUGCCAGAGCCCCAAUUUUUCCGACGGCAAGCUCCGGACUCAGAGCGACGUCGAUUCCAUUCUCGCCAAGCUCGAUCUCCACCUCCGCGACGGCGAGAUUCUCUUCCAGAGCGGCGUCCUCGACGACACCGCCGGCUUCAGCUCCUCCUCCUCCUCCAAGAGGGAGACCGUCCGGGCAGAGUGCCGGAAUCUGGUGACUGGGCUGCAGAUUGGGAGCGCCGAGUCGCGGAACUCGGCCAUGGAAGCGUUGCUCCUGCUUCUGCAGGAGGACGAUAAGAACGUGAUGAUUGCGGUGGCGCAGGGGAUCGUUCCGGUGCUGGUGAAGCUUCUCGAUUCGAGCAGUUUCGAGAUGAAGGAGAACGCCGUGGCGGCGAUUUCGAUGGUGUCGAUGGUGGAGAGCAGCAAGAACGUUCUGGCGGCGGAGGGGCUGCCGCUGCUAAAUCACUUGGUUAAGGUUCUGGACUCCGGGAGUGGAUUCGCUAAGGAGAAGUCCUGUGUGGCGCUUCAAGGUUUAAGCUUUCCGAAGGAGAAUGCGAGAGCGAUUGGCUCCAGAGGCGGCAUUUCGUCGCUGCUGGAUAUAUGCCAGGGCGGCACGCCGGGCUCGCAGGCUUUGGCGGCCGGAGUGUUGAGGAAUUUGGCUGCUUUUGAUGAGAACAAGGAGAAUAUUAUACAGGAGGAAGGGGAUGUAGUUCUGUUGGCGCUGGCGAAAUCAGGGACGGCAUUAGCGCAGGAGAAUGCAAUCGGGUGUUUGUGUCAUUUGGUCUCUGAUAGCGAAAGCCAGAAGAUUUCGGUUUACAAGCAGGGCGGGAUUGAGUGCUUGAAGAAUAUCUGGGAUUCGGGGUGUAAUAAUAAUCGGAGUCUGGAGGUUGCGGUGGAGUUGCUGAUGCACUUGGCUUCCUGCUCUCUGAUUGCGGAAACUCUUGUUGCCGAGGGGUUUGUCACUAGGAUUGUUGAGGUAUUGAAUUGUGGUGUGUUGGGGGUGAGGAUUCAGGCCGCUAAGGCGGUUUACGAGCUGGGGUUUAGCUCGAGAACUAGGAAGGAGAUGGGUGAAUGUGGCUGCAUUCCGCCUUUGGUUAAAAUGUUGGAUGGCAAAGCAUUGGAAGAGAAAGAGGCUGCCGUCAAGGCCUUGUCGACAUUGUUGCUCUUUGCUGACAAUAGGAAGAUUUUUAGGAAAAUUGAAGGGGGGAUUGUGAGUACAGUGCAGCUUUUGAACCCUUCUAUUCAGAAUUUGGAUAAGAAGUACCCUGUUGCUGUGUUGGCGUCACUUGUGCGUUCAAAGAAGUGCAAGAAGCAAAUGGUGGCUGCCGGUGUGUGUCUACAUUUGCAGAAACUGCUCGGUUUGGAAGUAGAGGGGUCUCAGAAGCUCUUGGAAAGCCUUUGUCGUAGUAAAAUUUGGGGUGUUUUUGCCAGAUCUUAACAAUCCAACACAAUGUCCAAGUGACACAUACCAAGUAUAGGUACAUGAAGAUGAUUCAUUGAUCUGUCUGUACAAUAGUUGUGAUUACUGUUGAUUUUGGUUUUUGAUUUUCUCCCUUGUUUAUAAUUUGUGUUUAUUUAUGUCUAGGAAUUACGUUUUGUUAGCUUAGUUGUCUGAUGUAUCUAGGUUUGGUGACCUAACUCGAUAGGCCUUCUAAGUUUUCUGAACCAAAAGUCAAUAAUUGAUAUUGCUGCCUAAUUUGUGGGUUCAUACUGCUCUUGUACACAUUUGGAAUUUGAGAUAGGGUGUUCAAAUUCCAUUUCUCUGUAGACUUUCACUUUAAUGGUUAGUUCUUUAGUAUUGGUCAAACCUAUAUCUUUGUAU